AUGUCUUUCACCUCAAUUUAUGAGGAUUUCACUUGGUGGAUGUUUACUUUACCACCUAUUCUUGAAACUCAAAACUUUUUUACCCUUUUGAUUCCGACUUUUGUUGUCUUUAUGGUAAUUACCAUUUUCACUUGGGCUUUUACCGCCGGUGGCCCGGCUUGGAAAAAUGGGCUGAACUCUAUGGGCCGGGUUCCAAUUCCGGGGCCAAGAGGUCUUCCCAUUUUCGGUAGCUUAUUCAACUUGAGCCAUGGCUUGGCUCACCAAACCCUAGCUUUUACGGCUUCGGCUUAUGGUGCCACACAAGUCAUGGCUUUUAGCUUGGGUUCAACCCGGGCUGUUGUGUCAUCUGACCCAACCAUAGCCCGGGAAAUCUUGACCUCCCCACAUUUCUCAAACCGACCAGUUAAAGAAUCAGCUAAACAACUCAUGUUUAGCCGGGCCAUCGGGUUUGCACCCGAUGGGACAUAUUGGAGGCUCUUGAGGAAAAUUGCGUCGUCACAUUUCUUCGCUCCUAAACGAAUUUUUGCCCAUGAGGGUGAAAGACAACUAGAAUGCAACUCAAUGUUAGUGUCUAUAGCCAAAGAACAAAACAUGCAUGGGUUAGUAACUAUAAGAAAACACCUUCAAUUUGCUUCACUUAACAACAUUAUGGGAAUUGUAUUUGGGAAAAAAUAUGAAAUGAAUAUUGAAGAAAAUAAAGAAGCUAAAGAGCUUCAAGAAAUUGUGAAUGAAGGAUUUGAGCUAUUGGGAGCUUUUAAUUGGUCUGAUCACUUGUCAUGGCUGAAUUAUUUUUAUGACCCUUUUACCCUCAAGGAACGUUGCGCGGCGCUUGUCCCUCGUGUCGAAUUCUUCGUUAAGAAGAUGAUUCAAGAGCACAAAAAUGAAAAUUCCAAAAAGAUUUUAGAAGCUCGUUGUGAUUUUGUUGAUGUUUUGCUAGCUUUAAAUGGUGAAGAGAAGCUACAUGAGGAUGAUAUGGUGGCUAUUUUGUGGGAAAUGAUCUUUCGGGGCACCGAUACAACAGCAUUACUAACAGAAUGGGUCAUGGCUGAACUAGUCCUAAACCAAGAAAUCCAAGAAAAAAUUCAUAACGAGCUAAAAACUAUAGUAGGAAAAAAUGAAAAUGUAAGAGAUGCUCAUAUUUCCAAAUUACCCUAUCUUCAAGCAGUAAUAAAAGAAACAUUACGAUUACACCCUCCGGGCCCACUCUUAUCAUGGGCCCGUUUAACCACGUCCGACGUCCACCUCAGCAACGGAAUGAUUAUUCCGUCCAACACGACCGCGAUGAUCAACAUGUGGGCCAUCACACAUGAUCCUAACGUCUGGGAUAACCCGUCCACGUUUAAGCCAGAGAGGUUCUUGAAAUCCUCGGGAGGGAUGGAUUUUGAUGUGAGAGGUAACGAUUUAAGGCUGGCACCUUUUGGAGCCGGACGGAGAGUUUGCCCCGGGAAGAAUUUAGGGUUGGUUACCGUGAGUCUAUGGGUGGCUAAGUUGGUGCAACAGUUCAUUUGGGUUGAAAAUGAGACUCAUCCUGUUGAUCUUAGUGAAGUGUUGAAACUUUCUUGUGAAAUGAAAUAUCCACUUUCAGCUAAGGCUAUUCCAAGAAUUGUUGAUUAG